AUGGGGCACCUCGAAACUCAGUCUGGUUCAAAAAUGACAAAGAAGCCUAGUUCCAUGAGCAAAAAAUCUUCAAAAACUGGGAAGCAUCCUUCAAAUGUUGUAAUCGUCGUACUAGAAGACGUUGCUGUAACUAGAACAAUUAAUACAAGGGGGAGAAAUCAUCCUGUGGAAGCAGCCAUUCCAAUAGAACUAGAAUCCAGAAAACAAAGAAAAGCAGUUGCGGCGACUGGAAAGUGUUGA